GUUGGAGCAGGGCGAUUUUCAGCGUUCCUGAAUUGUCCAACCUGGAGGGCUCCAGGAAACGCCCUUUCGGGGGGGCGUCCCAGUCGGCUGGGUGCGGCCGCCCCGGAAAUGACGUGAUGCCCCGCUGGCCGUGCGGAAGUGGAGAUGGCGGAGCUGUAUGUGAAGCCGGGCAACACGGAGCGCGGCUGGAACGAUCCGCCGCAAUUCUCCUAUGGGCUACAGACCCAGGCUGGCGGACCCAAGCGCUCGCCGCUCACCAAGAGGGUCGCCGCUCCCCAGGAUGGAUCCCCCAGAGUCCCCACUUCAGAGACAUCUCCUGGGCUCCCCCCAGUGGGGCCUCCGCCUGCAUCAAGUAAGGUUUCCAGACCCCCCCCAUUUGUGGGGAGCUGUCCUCCCUCCAGAACGGUGCCCAUGGAUUCCCCAGUCGUUGAGUCUGAGACUCUGCUGGAAGAUGUACUGAGACCUUUGGAACGGGCGUUGGAGGACUGCCGUGGCCACAUAAAGAAGCAGGUAUGUGAUGACAUCAGUCGACGCCUGGCUCUGCUGCAGGAACAGUGGGCUGGAGGGAAGCUGUCAACGCCUGUAAAGAAGAGGAUGGCUCUGCUGGUGCAAGAGGUGACUCUUGAUAAAAAUGCCAUGGUUCAUCAGAAAAUAGAGGAUACAAAAAAGCUGAACUCAAACCAAGAGGGAUUACUGUGGAAACCCAGUGUUUGCUGGCAGAACCAAAUGAAAGCAACAUCCAUUAUUUUCAUGUGGUCACUGCUGGCUGUCAAGAUUCCCCCCUUGAAGAUUCCACCCUCAAGCUUUGAACUAUACCUUCUAGAAGAAUAACCAAUUGCAGACUCUAAAAUACAUUUCAUCAUCAAAAUUUAAUAUGCUAAUGUAGACAAAUUGGGAUGACUAUAUUUAGACAUUUUGAAAGCUAGAGCAUAGACUAGGCCAUAAAUAAUAUAAUACUUAAAUCAAUCUAAUUAUUAAGUGCACAUCAUUUCUCCUGUUCUGCCAAGACUUCUUCCUUUUCUGUUUGCUUCUAAUGGACAAAAAGUCUUAGAAAAAUUAUACAAUAAAACCUCAGACAUCUUAGUCCUUUGGUGAUUAAGUGCACACAAGUAAAUCUGUGUCUUGUCCUAAUUUCCUGUUUUAAAGCAUGAGCAGAGGCUUGAGAUACCUUCUGGAUUGUGUGAAACAUUUUAAAGCACUGGUCCCUCUCUGUUUUUAUUCAUCACGGUUUAUGUAUAAAACAGUGUGAAUAAAAGGAGUUGUCAAAUUAGCUGUAGGGUGUUGCUAUUUGUCUUUAUUUUUUUGAGGGAGAAGGAAGUUUAAAUUUCAUGAGCUCUUUCCCCACCUUUUAUGGUGAUCUAACUGCAUUAGUUAAAAGCAGACAACGGUUCUUUAGCGAACUCUAACAUUAUUUAAAUACCGUAGAUGAACAAACUUGUCUGACUCAAAAUGGGACCAUUAAACAAAUAUCAUAGCCCUCACUAAUAACAUCGUGACUUUGCUGUCAAGUGAAUCUC